AAAAACCUUUGUCUUGCGAACAAUGGAAACCCUUUCCUUCAAACAAUAGAUGAGAACAUAAAAUGAGCUGAAGCUUGACUUAUUGUCCAGCCAAAAUCCGAACCAAAGUUUGAUAUGCAUCAUUUUCUCUUUGACUAUUGAUACUGAGGAGUUAUCAAAUUGCAUCACAAACAAGUAGUUUUUCUACUAUAGUUAUUUUAAUCGAGAGUAAAACAUACAGACCAAUGCGGAAAAAUUCUAAUUGUCAAAACUCAGUCACUCCGCACUGUAUAUGUAUAAAUGUUUAUCGCUUUUGAUUACAGGAAAAAUUUUUUUUCGGAACUAGCUUUAAUUCACUGACUGUUUGAAUUGUUGCCAAGUUCUAGACAUCUGAUUAGUUUGAUUAACAUCCGUCAGUACAAACUUGCAACAAUUUUUCCUGGCUCAUCUGGAAUCUGUUUUGAAGAAGCUGACAGCAAAAAAGUUUUUAAGUGGAGUGUACUAGCCUCUUUCAAUUGACAAGAAUGAUUUCAUAGGCAGUUUUAGACGCCAAUAGACAGCUACAAUUUGAUAGAUGAGAUGGCAUCAUGAAAAAGGCGAUUGUAUCACGUUAGCGAUAUAUCAUCAAGUAGUCAUCUUUUUAACACGGCAAUUGAUGCAUGCUUUACGUCGAUGAAUCCUUGUAAAAGAUAUUGAGGAAUGAUUAAAAGAGUAUCGCAAACAAACCGGUGUUUGGAAUGUGGUGAUUCCGAGCGAGAGUAAAACAGCCCAGUGCGAAAAAUUAUCUUCCCAAAUGUUCCCAAAUGGCCCAUUCGACGUGAUGGUAAAUGUAUACUUAACACCGAUCACGCAAAUAUUGCCCUAUUCUAUUUCCCCUCCCUCCAUUAACGAUCAAGCGAGAAUCGAAGUCAACGUCCAUUAAAGCUCGGUCUUUUUGCUUUAUUUUUCUUCUUUGCAGAUACUCAAGAAGAAACGUUAUUUCAGCUGCAACUACUGAGUGAAAAAUAUGUCCGCCGCUUCAGAUUAUCCGGAUAUCGUGCCAAAGAGUGCACCUGAGGCCAGAGGAAUAGACUUUUGUGGUACUAAAAAAACCUUCUACAUCAUCCGUUCCGAUGUGGGUGUCUACAUGAGUUGCGAAGAUAUUCACACUGGAAAACGUAUCAAGAUUCACCGUUUAAGUGAGGCCUGUAGAUGGGGCGAUCAUUACUUGGCCACUAACUCUUAUUUCUACAUCAUUAAAGGAGAUGAGUAUCGCAGAGUUACCGACCUGAGUAAAGACGAUGACGCUGUGGUUUACUCUCUUCAUUGCAACUGUCGCGGAGGAAGCGGCUACUACUCUGCCUUUGGUAAUUGGUACAUCGUGUUUGCCAAGAGAGGCACCUACAGACGAGUGAGUAACAUGAACAAAGAUGAAGACGCCGUUGAAUAUAAAAUCCACCAAGCGUUCCAAGAUGGCAUCUAUUUCUGGGGUACCAAGAAUUACGUCUACUGUCUGGAGCAGGCUGGAAAAUGGGGUGUCACCUAUCACAGAAGCACCAACAUGAACUUGAACAAAGAUUGCAAAGACUUCAGCGUUCACGAGUCAGUGCUCAAGUUCCUCCCUGGUGGUAUGGCGCAAACCUAUGGAAAAGUGUUUGGGUGUUGGAAAGAAGUAAAAUGUCUUCGAAACGACUCCGACACUGCUAUUGAAUGGGAAAAAACCAUCAAGAAAACCGUUGGAUUUGACAGGAGCACAAUGUCCUCCAUAGAGUCUGAAUGGUCCAUCGAGACGACAAUAAGCGAAGAAAAGGAGAUUAAAGCCCAAGUUUCUAAAUUGAUUGAGUGUCUCUGUAAAGUUCAGUAUGGCCUCAGGGAGACGUUUGGUGGAAAGAUGGUCAACACAGAGCAGUUCAAGUGGAGUGACACAACUGAAAUAGAAGAAACCGUUAAGGUGAAAAUCCCACCGAAUACCAAGCUGUACGUUUGGCAGUUUCAAAUGGGCUUUGGAGAGAAGAAUAACCUCUUCAGUCUUGACACUGCUAUCACAUACGAUGAAACACCACCUGAGAAACGAUUAGAGUACUUUAAGCAUUAGCAUCUAAAAGUGUGACACAAAUGAACCUUGGUAAGAACUGUGAAUGCUAAAGUUUACUCUGAGUGUAGAUAGGUGUGUUUUGAGAUUUCUUAUCUUUUUCGUGUACUCGUUGAGCAGUAUACACCACGCUUUUUGAGAAUUAAUUAUAUACUGCAUUAAGUUUUUUCCGCUAACUAAAGUCUCAUAUGAUCAUUUAUUCCUAGAAUAAUAGCGGAGCUCGCAGAGCGUAGCCCCAUAAUUAUACAAAAUAGUAGUAACCCAUCAAGCCGAAAAAAUUUGGAUGUACGACCGUUCGACCCUACGACCCUACGACCCCACGACCGUACAACCAUACGACCGUAUGACCGUACAAGAUGCUACUUUUAACAUGCGUGGUCAACUGUACCGCGGGCACGCCAACGCCACGGCUUUGUCCAGUAGUCCAGUUUUCAGUGCACUGGGCUCCGUGUCGGACGACCUGGGUUCUAGUCCUGGCAGGAGCAAGGCGUUCUGCCCUUGAGACGUGCGGAAAAAAAAAUGCGAGCUCCGCUUUUAGGCUUGGCUAAAUCUAUAUAUUAUAUACUGCGCUUACAUGUUCAAACGGUUACCAGCUUCCCUUAAGCGUAAGACAAGUGCACUUUGUUUGAAACGCGACAGAUCGAGUGUUUUAAAGUGAACGUAAGUAAAUAUAUAUCUUUUCAUUUCGUGGUUACCCUAGUCAUUUGUUCACUAGAAUAUACUACAACUGUUUAAAAAGAUAUUAAAGUGCAGUUAAGUGUGAAACAUGCAAUUGUUCCAAGGUCAGAAUUGUUAUCAAUCGAGUUUACUUUGAGUGAAUAUGAGUGUGUUUUGAGUGGCACUAUGAUACUAUUAGGGAAAGAUUAUUGAACUGGCAAUAUAAAAAUGCUCUAACUAGGAAAAAAAUCACGCGGAUGUAUGCUUUCGUGACUCUGACUGAUUGUAACAAGCCCUGAAGAGUGAUUAAAAAUGUAACACAAACUAAAACUUUUGAUGACAGAAGUGAUUCUGAGCGAGAUUGGAAAUAUCCAGUGUGGAAAAAUGUGAGCGCAACACUUCUUUUGGUCGCAGCAAAACGUGGCUUCGUGUUCGUGGACUACUAAAAUUUUAUGGAUAAUCAAAAGAAAAAUGUUUGAAAUUCCUUUGCAUAGUUAUUAUGUUGUAAUACAAUCUUACCGAAGGGAACUUAAUGCGCUACUGCGAUGAAUAAUCAUCCCGUUCUUCUCGUGCAGCAUAUUUUAAAUUUUGUAGUGCUGCAUUCAUGAUAUGAAAACCCCUGGUAUUUUUCCUUUGGAUAUUUAGCUUCCUUUUCCUGUCCCCUUUUCAUGAAGGGAAGUGUUUACACGAGCUGUGGGGCUAUGAAAGCAGCAGAUUUAAGAGUUUGAAAUUUUCAUUUCAUCGUUCAGUCGUUGUACUUUUUGCAGAUGACGAAAUUGAUUGGUGCGGACGAAUUAAUUGAUAAAAACAUUAAGCUUCAAUUAAUAAAAAAUUUUGUAGAAGGAAAAAA